AUGACCGACGCGAAUAUUUCAAAAACUGAUCGCGAAAAUGUCUGUCAAGCAUUAGGGAUUGCUACAGAUGGCGUAAAGGCAGACUUAGUCCAAAGAAUAAGAAAAUGUCUCAAGGGGAAGAACCGUGCAGAUAGCUGUGACACAGAAGGAAAUGGUAGAGAGGAAGACGAAGAUACGAACACUGUGGUUCAUGACAAUCACUCCGAUACAUCUGAAAUAGGUGACCUGAACCAGCAAGCAAGAACUCUAAAGGAGUUAGCAUAUCUGUCACGUAAAGGAAUAGAACUACCCGACGCGCCAACAAGCCAAUUAGAAAAAGAACAGUCAGUGACAUUUGAGAAUAACAGAGGGAACCAAAGUUAA